UCAGUGAUAAUUGUUCUGAGCCUAAUGGGUAACCUUUUGGUGGUUUGGAUUCUGCUCAGGUAUGAGGAACUGAAAACUGUGACAAACAUUUUCAUCCUUAACCUCGCCAUCUCUGAUUUGUUAUUCACUUUUUCUUUACCUUUCAUUUCUUUAUAUCAGUCUCAAGGUUGGACUUUGGGAAACUCCAUGUGCAAAAUUGUAAAUGGCAUAUUUUAUAUCGGAUUUUACAGUGGCAUUAUAUUAAUGACAAUAAUGAGCAUAAAUCGCUAUGUUGCUGUAGUCCAUCCGUUGGCAGAUCUUCGUUCCAGGAAGGGGUGCUAUGGAACCUGGGCAUCUAUGAUUAUUUGGCUGGUAAGCAUUUUGGCCAGUACACCUAGUAUCAUUUUCACUUCAGAGCUACAGGGAGAUUAUUUACAAGACAAAUCUCACUGUGACUAUUAUAAUCCUUCCUGGAAGAUAGUUGGAACAUAUCAGCAGAAUGCUUUCUUUUUGAUUACGCUUACUGUCAUUGUCUACUGUUACAUGCGAAUACUUCUGAGGCUGCUUCAAUCCAAAACUCAGAAGAGGUACCGGACAGUGAAACUCAUUUUCACUGUAGUAGCAAUUUUUUUCAUAGGAUGGGCACCUUUUAAUAUUGUGAUUUUUUUACAGAAUUUGAUUUUUCAUGAAGUUGAAUAUUUUUUAGACUGCGCAGUCGACACGAACCUUAACUAUGCAUUUUAUGUCUGCCGCAUCUUUGCUUUCUCUCAUUGCUGCCUCAACCCAAUUUUUUAUGCAUUUGUGGGCAUUAAGUUUAAGAAUCUUCUGAAAAAGUUUCUAAGGGGUUGCCAUUUUGACCACAGCACUGGAGACCAAAAUCAACAUCAUACCCGAGUUAAUUUUAUUUCAAGUGGAGAAGAACUUUCAUUGUAA